AUGCCUACCGGUAGCUGUUUCUGCGGGAACAUUAAAGUCGAAUACUCUGGAGAGCCGGCCUCGACGGCCCUAUGCCACUGUGCAGACUGCCGCAAAAUGUCGGGCGGCCUGUACAGCUACAACGUUCUCGUUCCCAGCGCCAACUUCAAAGUCACCGCCGGCACGCCCAAGGAGAUCUCCAAGAUCGCCGACUCGGGCAAGCCCAUCACCAACUGCUUCUGCCCUGACUGUGGCACCACACUGUUCAGGUACGGCGACUCUUUUGGCGGAGUCGACGGAUUGAGGAUCAUCAAGGCUGGCAUCUUGGACGAUGUCGAUGUCAUCAAUCACCUCAAGCCCGGGGCCGAAUUGUUUACUUCUCGGCGGAUCAAAUGGGUUGCAUCUCUCGAUGGGGCCGCUCAACUCUCUUCCUAG